CUACAGCCUACCAAAAGAAGAAGAAGAAGAAGAAGAAGGCGCACACACACACAAACACUAUAUAUAUGUGUGUGUUGCCGUGCCAUACAAGAACUUGGCUGCUUAUAUAUUCAUCAGCUAGCUGAUAUACGUAGGAUUAAAAUGGAAGCAAAUAAAAAUAUGGAGAAGUCGAGAGAAGGAGAGACGAUGAACAUCAAGUACAGAGGAAUACGGAGGAGGCCAUGGGGUAAGUUUGCAGCGGAGAUUCGUGACCCGACGAGGAACGGGGCACGUCUCUGGUUAGGGACUUUUGAAACUGCUGAGCAGGCUGCACGAGCAUAUGAUCGAGCUGCUUAUUCUUUAAGGGGUCAUCAAGCCAUUCUCAAUUUCCCUAACGAACACCAUUUUAUUACUCCUCCAACUAUACCAUCUCCUAAUUCAAAUAUUCCUUCUUCUUCUAAUUCCUCCACUCGUGAAUUGGGACGAGACGAGGAUGAGCAAGUUAUUGAGUUCGAGUAUUUGGAUAAUAAGCUCUUGGAGGAUCUUCUUGACCUACAAGACCCCCAACCAACAACAAAUAAGAGACCCAAGUUUCUAUAGCAUAUAUAAAUAUAUAUAUGUGUGUGUGUGUGUGUGUGAGAGAGAGAGUGUAUAUGAAGAAAUUUGUACUAUUUUCAUUCUUAUUAUGUUGUUUUUUUACUCAUUCAUUAUUAUGCAACAGAUUUAAUCACUCAAUACUCUACCUUGUAUACUUUUGUACCUAAUAAAUAGCUAUUUAUGCUUAACAA